AUGGCUGAGCUCGUUCAAGAGAUUCAAACGCCCAACGGCUUCCACUACAGACAACCUUUAGGCUUGUUCAUCAAUAACGAGUUUGCUCCUUCAUCGAAUGGGCAGAUCAUUCAAGCAAUAGAUCCUGCAACCGAGAAACUGAUCACCCGAGUCCAGGCUGCUACAGAAGAAGACGUGGACAAAGCUGUCCGGGCGGCUCGGAAUGCCCUGGUUAACUCCCCAUGGACUUCUCUGGAGGGAACAGAAAGGGGCAUCUUGAUCAGCAAGCUAGCGGACCUCGUUGAGGAAAACAAGGAAUUGCUGGCAUCUAUAGACGCCUGGGAUAAUGGCAAGCCAUUUUCUGUAGCCUUGAACGAGGAUCUACCCGAAACGAUCAACACACUGAGAUAUUAUGCCGGCUGGGCAGACAAGAUAUUUGGCCAAACUAUUAGCACCACCAGCUCAAAAUUCGCUUAUACACUUCGACUACCUAUAGGCGUUGUGGCCCAAAUUAUCCCCUGGAAUUACCCCUUGUCAAUGGCAGCUUGGAAGCUGGGCCCUGCUCUUGCAUGCGGGAAUACAAUCGUGCUCAAGGCAGCGGAGCAAACGCCCCUGAGCAUAUUAAUGUUAGGACAGCUGAUCAAGCAAGCCGGCUUCCCUCCUGGUGUCGUUAAUCUUCUCAACGGGCUCGGUCGUAUAACGGGCUCAGCCCUGGUCAAGCAUGCGCUUGUCGACAAGGUUGCAUUCACCGGCUCAACUGUCACUGCGAAAACAAUACUCAAGAUGGCUGCCGAAACACUCAAAAACGUCACCAUCGAGACGGGUGGGAAAUCGCCGCUCCUAGUCUUUAGCGACGCCGAUAUCGAACAAGCAGUGAGGUGGUCGCAUCUAGGAAUCAUGUCGCAUCAAGGUCAAAUCUGCACAGCCACUUCCCGGAUCCUUGUUCAGCAUGACCUCUAUGAUUCUUUUGUUUCCCAGUUUAAGGAGAGGAUCAAAACAACCUCUAUCAUUGGCGAUCAAUGGGGAAAGGACACUUACCAUGGUCCUCAAGUGUCGAAAGACCAAUACAAUUGCAUCCUGUCCUACAUUCAAGAAGGCCAGAAAGAGGGCGCAACACUGGAGAUGGGCGGAAAAGCCUGUCCAAUCAACGGCAAAGGGUAUUUCAUCCUGCCCACGGUGUUCACCAAUGUGGAAGAUCAUAUGACGAUCUACCGUGAGGAGAUUUUCGGCCCUGUUGUUGUCAUCAGCAGUUUCUCGACCGAAGAAGAGGCUAUUUCUCGUGCAAAUGAUUCCAUAUAUGGUCUUGGGGCUGCGGUUUUCACACGAGACCUGGAGAGGGCCCAUCGUGUCGCGGCAAGUAUCGAGUCUGGGACCGUUUGGGUGAACUCGAGCCAGGAUUGUGAUCCAAGAAUACCUUUUGGUGGCGUGAAGCAAAGUGGCAUCGGAAGAGAGCUUGGGGAAGCGGCAUUGGAUGCGUAUACUCAGAUCAAGGCGAUCCACGUCAAUCUCGGUAGUAAGCUGUAA